UAUUCAUGGACUGCAAAGUAAGAUAGAAUGAUAUUUGUAUCGACUUGUGUUACUAAAUAGAAGGCAAUCUUAGGUUUGUUUUUGCACUCUCUAUUCGGAGUCGGAAACAAUUGGAGGCUUAUCAUUUUCAUAAAUAUUCUACGUGUUGUUAACGGUAUAUUAUAUAUGCAUGCGAGAAGUAGCGACUGAUAUUCGUUUCAGAAACACAAAACGGGCUGCAUAUAAAUGCUGAAGCGUUUGUACAACGUGGGAUUAUCUUGCGAGAAUUUUUACUUCCGAUACAAAUAUAUUAAACAGUAUAAAACAAUACGCACGAUGAGUAAUGCUACAGGAAAUAAAGUCGGCAUACCUUUAAAAGAUGUUGUGAGUGCAAUGAAUAAAUUUGCGGAUACAUCGCUCGCAGCUUCUUGGGACAAUGUUGGAUUACUAGUUGAACCUACAGAAUCAAAAAUUGUAUCGCAUAUUUUAUUAACGAAUGAUUUAACCGAAGAUGUUAUGGAUGAAGCCAUUAAAUUAAAAACCGAUUUAAUUGUUACGUAUCAUCCGUUAAUAUUUGUUCCGUUGAAAUCUAUUACAACUAAAUCUUGGAAGGAACGAAUAAUAGCAAGGUGUCUAGAAAAUAAGAUUGCUGUCUUCUCUCCGCAUAGCAGUUUUGAUUCUGUGAAAGGUGGUGUAAACGAUUGGCUAGCAGAAGCUUUUGAACUCGAAAGUAGUAAGCCGAUUCAACCAAAUGAAGAUAAUGCGAUUUAUGGUUUUGGAAGAUUAUGUACCUUGAAGAACCGGAUAUCCGUUGAUGAAGCAGUAAAUUUAGUGAAGCAACGAACUGAUUUGAAGCAUGUAAGAUUAGCACGUGCACGAGAUACAGAUGGUUACAUUAAUACCGUUGCAUUAUGUGCUGGAGCAGGUGUCUCAAUAUUGAAAGGAAUAUCUGCAGACUUAUAUCUCACGGGAGAAAUGUUGCAUCACGAUGUAUUGGAUGCUGUACAUCAGGGUAGUCAUGUUAUACUAACAAAUCAUUCUGAUUCAGAACGUGGUUUUUUAAAGAUAUAUGCUUCGAUAUUAAAACGAAAUUUGCAACAACCUGUCGAAGUGUAUGUCUCUGAAAGUGAUAAGGAUCCAUUACAAACCGUGUAAGCUGUUAUAAAAAAAAACAUUCACUAUAUCUCUUAUCACAGCAAUCGUAUUUAAUAGCGAUUGUACAGUUUAUUAUAUGGAAGAGGGAAACUUUAAUGUUUUGGAAAUAAAGAUCUUUUUUUUUCUUUUUA